AUGAUUGCCAGCGGAAGGAAAACCGUCGGCAGCAGCGAUGAAGCAACUGACAAAUGGAGCUCGGAGAAAACCGAUGCAAGGAACAAGGAGAAAAAUGAUGCUGCUGUCAGAGAAAUAAAAUAUUUGAGUUCGCGGGACGAUGCCCAUCGCGACAACGAUAUGCAAGAAAUGUCGUUUAAGAAGCAGUGCAUAGUGAAUGCUGCUAAAAGACUGAAAAAAGAUGCUCACGCAUCACUGAUUGAUGUUUUGAUCAGGAAGUCAUUAAUCGAGGCAAGUGAUUUGCUAAAAAAUUCGAUUAGCAGAAGUGAGUUACAGUCCUGCGACGCUUACACUUGGCCCGACAUGCCUGAAGGAUAUGUACGUCGUAUGGCAGAAUUCAUUGAAGGCGGAACUAUUGUCAAUUCAACUGAAGCUUCGUCAUGGACGUCGUAA